UUAGCACCUUUUAUACCUCAGCUGUGGGGCUCACCUCCUGUCAGUGACUUACCUGCUGUAGACAACUGCUUUGAUACUUCUGACUUAGAUGAGUCUGACCCUUUUCUGUCACUCUCCACAAUGUCCAGGAUUUCCUUUAACACUGUCCGGCUGCAUCUUUCUCUUUCCCCUGCCUCUUGCAUUCUUUCUGUUGCUUCUCUGCCUUAACUGAGCCUUUGCUGUCUAAUGCUGCAGUGUGUCCACAUACAAGUCUAUUUGUUUGAAGCCUAAUAGUGUACUUGUGAUGUACUAUUCAUUGUCAUUACAGUUUUGAAGGUUGGCUGCUGGUAGUUUUCUUAUCAGGACUGAAAUAUCACCAGUUGUUUCCCUGUAGGGUCAAUGUAAUGGGGACAUAAACAGGUUUGACUGGUCUGUUAUAGGAAUUGGGUUGAACACGGAUUGGGAUCCUUAGUUCAUCCGAUGGUUUGUGCUCGGUAGUUAACAGUAAAGCAGCCACCCUCACAAGAUUACAGCUUGUACUUAUCAGCAGUAAUUGGUUUAGGCACCUCCGUUGCUGAGGAUCUCCUGUGUAACCUCCCUAAGCGUCAGUAACUGCUGUUAUCUCCCUCUCUUUGCAGAAACAACUAAUCUAUUAACUGUCAACUAGACUUAGACACCAAAGAAAGCUAUUCACUGUUUUUUCUUGAACAUGUAAUGUUUCCAGGUUGAUCAGGGAUGGCAACGUGGCCUUAUGUAACUUUCAGAACAUUUUCAUAGGUGCCUAUUUGUUUAUAGGAAGUUGGACUUUGACUGUUCAGCUCAGUUUGAGAUAUUGACAGACAGAAGUGGAAGGCUAAUGAUUCAGCUUCAUACAACUGAUGUUUUUAUUAUGUGUUUAUUCUUUUUUUCUUCGACCAAGUAGAAACUGUUCAUGCUAUAAAUUCCUGAUCCUGAACCGCAGCUUUAAAACAGAAAUGGCACUUAGGUUGAGAAUUCCCAACUAAUUAAGUUUGAUCACUGAGUGUUGGAGAUAACCCAGAGGAUUUACAGUAUUACUAACACUAGGAGAUGUAGGCUGCUCUUAGUAAGGUCAGACAGGCACUAGGUUUCCAAUACACCACUGGUACUUGCCUCUAAUUGAAAAUCAGACCUGGUCCAGAAGAAUCAAUCAGUACUACACCGGUUGUCUAUGGAUGAUGGCAGAAGGAUAACAUCCAAGGAGUCACGUUCCCUCACCCCAAAGUGACCCCCAUUUUCCUUUUUUUAAUCUUAUCCAUACUUCCGCAACCCCUUUGCUGAACUUUUGUGUGUUGCCCUGUCCCAGCUCAGUUUCACAUUUCUGUGCAAGGAUGCAGAAUAACAUAAAGUAAUUUUUGUGUGUCACCGUGAUACCAUCGAGGCCUAACGCCAGGAUGAGUCUCAGUUUCUUCAUAAUUAGAAUGUGAUCAGUUGUCAGCUUCCUGCUCAGUGUUUUCAUCUCUCCUUCAUCUGUGAUUGUGACCCCGGCCCACAAGAGUUCCUGUUUAAUUACUCGUUCCCUACCUAAAGCCUUUUCCUCAACCCAUUUCCUAAUUUGGCGUCGUUGGGCCAUGGUUCGCAAGAAAGGUUCUCUCAUAUUGUGUGGAGCUUUCCUGUUUGUUGCCUGGAAUGCUUUACUGCUGCUUUAUCUUUGGGGACGUCCUCCAAUCGGCCGCCUCGGAGAAGGUGGAGGAGCUGAACCAGGGGGAAAGGAGGAGUGGGGCAUGGGCAAAGGAAAGGUAGACCAGGUCAACCUGGCCGGAGAGGUGAUUCGACUGGCUGAGGAAGUUGAAAUCCAGCUUGAGACUCAGAAAAAGCUACUCAAGCAGAUAGAAAGCCACAGGUCACUGUGGGCUCAGCAGAAAGACGUUGAAAAAAGAGAAACAGAUGGCACAAAAGAGGAGCAGAAGGAAGAGGACAACAACACUAACCAGUCGCCAGAACCUUCGCUUCCUCCAAAAGACAAUUUGAUUCAUGAGGACCAAACUGAAGCAAAAACUACAGUAAAUGUGAUUCUUACAGCAGCACCGUACUCUAAGUCAGAGCAGAAACAGGACCCUGACAUAAAAGAACAGACAGCUCAGAACAGUAAAUUGGAGGUUACAGUUGCUAGCCCUCAAGUUGUCAUUCCCAUUCUAGUUAUUGCCUGUGACAGAGUGACUGUAAGAAGGAGCCUCGAUAGACUGAUACAGUACCGCCCUUCUGCUGAACUCUAUCCAAUCAUUGUCAGCCAGGACUGUGGUCACGCAGAGACAGCCCGUGUGAUUGACUCGUAUGGUGAUCAAGUGACUCACAUCAGCCAACCAGACCUGUCGGACAUCAGGGUCCGGCCAGAGCACAGGAAGUUCCAAGGAUACUACAAAAUCGCCAGACAUUACCGCUGGGCCCUCAACCAAGUGUUCAACACUUUUUCCCACUCCACUGUGGUCAUAGUGGAAGAUGACUUGGAGGUAGCACCGGAUUUCUUUGAGUAUUUCCGAGCGCUCUACCCCAUCCUACACUCUGAUCCUACCUUGUGGUGUGUUUCUGCCUGGAACGACAAUGGCAGAGAUGCCCUGGUGGAUCCAGGCAAGGCUGACCUCCUCUACAGAACGGACUUCUUCCCAGGUCUGGGCUGGAUGCUUCUAAAGGAUUUGUGGGACGAACUGGAACCCAAAUGGCCGUCUGCGUUCUGGGACGACUGGAUGCGUCAACCGGAGCAGCGCAAGGAUCGGUCCUGCAUCCGACCGGAGAUCUCCCGGACUAUCACCUUUGGCCGAAAAGGCGUCAGUUUAGGUCAGUUCUUUGACCAGUACCUGCGCUACAUUAAGCUAAACACUGAUUUUGUGCCUUUUACCAAACAAGAUUUGUCUUAUUUGCUGAAGGAGAAGUACGAUGAAACCUUCAUUAAAGAGGUUUACAGUGCUCCACUGGUGAAGAUUGAGGACCUGCAACAAGGGGGAAGUUUAAGGGGAACAGGUCCAUAUCGAGUGCAAUAUUCUAGCCGGGAUAGUUUCAAGGUCUUUGCUCGAAACUUAGGGGUGAUGGAUGACUUGAAAUCAGGUGUCCCUCGUACAGGUUACAGAGGCAUCGUCAGUUUCCUGUCCCGGGGUCGAAGGGUAUUCUUGGCGCCACCAGAGGGCUGGACGCACUAUGAUGUUAGCUGGAGCUGAGAGAUUAGAUUUAGACUCUGAAAUGUGAAUGGUGUUGAAGAGGGGAGAGAACCUUACUCAGAGGAACACCCUCUCAAACCAAAGAAUAUAGUUAGACAUAAUGGUUGAACGCAAAUUAGUUGAGCAAAACAGAAGGGGAUGUACAUCAGUGGAGUCGGUAGAACAGGGCAGGAUGGGAGAACUAUGUUCAUAAGCCUAGACCCAGGUUUGUUUUCAUAAAGCUUCUAAAAUAGGGUGCUGAUUUAGAGUGAUUAGGUCAAAUGGCCAAAUAGAUUUCACAAGGACGGUAUUCAGACUUUUUUGUUCAAGGAAGACUCCAUGCUUAAACACUUUACCGCUGUCAAAAUGAGAUAUUUGCAUUUAUGGGUGCAUUUUGUUCAGUUUCAUAUUUCCUGGUAUACAUGGCCAAAUGUAGACGUGGUAUCAUGUCAAGAUUUUUCCAGGAUAGCUACAAUGGAGUAGGUUUUGGAGUCAUUCAGAAUCAAAGAGUAUGGGCCUCUGUCUAGAUCUGCCAUUUCAUACUGAUAUGUAGCAGUGAUAAAGGGAGAAAUCCCUACCACAAGUGCAGAGACAACAAUUUCUUCACUAACAGUAGCCUCAGUAGACCAGAUUGCAGUGAGGCCACAGGACGUUUGUUUUUGGGGAAUGCAGGAAGUCACUAACUUCAGUAGAAGUAGAUCAGGCAGGAAGAGGGUUAGCAGCUAAGCCAGAAAAUGUAAUUGUGACUCUUGAUCAUAAAUAACUUGUGGAAUGCACUGAAUAUCACUAAUUAAUGUGACCUGACAAUGGGGGAGUAUCCAAGGCUAGCGUUUUCCUUUUAAUUAUCAGCACCACUAUCCUUAGAUAAUUUAUGAAUAUCAUCCUUGACAGUAAGGGCAGGGCACAGCAGUAAAUGAACAGUUAGUCUCGUAGUAUUAUGGUUGAUCUGCUUGAGCUGGUCUUGGAAGGUCCUAUUUUUUUCUCUGUGAUGUUUGAAACAUUUGAGUAGCCCACCAUUUAAUUCCAUCAAUCUGAUGGCUGAAGAGAUUUGCUUUGUUUCAUUCCCGAAUGGUAUCAGAUGCCAGAGACCAAGUUUAUUUCUACAACUGCCCUCUGCUUCUCUGAGGGUUCAAGAAUCUGCAUUUUCAGGACACAACACAAGUGAAUGAACUUAGUGUCAAAAUGGAAAAGGAAAUUGAUUUUACUUGAAAGAAAUGCUGUGUAUAUGAAGGAUAAAAUUAUUAGAUAUGAAGGCUAAAAAAUGAUCACAUUUGGGAAUUAUUUAACUGUCCUUGCAAUGAGUUCUAACAAGCUUGCCAUGCUGCAAUGACUUGAGUCAAACGUUACCAAGCCAGACAUUUUUUCAAGUAUUAUCACCAUGAAUACCAAUACAAUGCAAGUUGUAAUUACAUGACAUCCAAACCAUGGUUUGGUAAGGUUAGGUUUGUUGAAAAACCAAUGAUUGUUUUACUAUUUUUGUUUCUGCAAGAAGUCUGAUGAGAGGCCAAGAGUUGGAUAAAUGGUAAUCACUGUACUGUAUUUAUCUUUGGGAGAUCCUCUGGACGGCUGACUGACUGAUUCCCAUGUCUGUAUGUUGAUGUGUAAAACCACUGCCUGACGUGUUUAUAACUUUAAUACAUUGCAAAUAAAAUUGACUAUUUUGAUAUUUGUC